GAGGGUACAUAGGGCCCGGCGCAGGGAGCGCGGCCCGCAGAGCGCAGCGGUGUCGGGCUCGGCUCGUCGCGCAGUGCCGGCUCCGCCCGGCCGGGCCCCGCAGGCAUGAGCGACAUGGACGCCUACAAGGUGGUGCUGGAGGGGCCGGCGCCCUGGGGCUUCCGCCUGCAGGGGGGCAAGGACUUCAACAUGCCGCUCUCCAUCUCGCGGCUGACACCCAGUGGGAAGGCGGCGCAGGCCGGCGUGGGCGUGGGCGACUGGGUGCUGAGCAUCGAUGGCGAGAACGCUAGCGCUCUGACCCACAUCGAGGCGCAGAACAGGAUCCGCGCCUGUGGCGACCGCCUCAGCCUCAGCCUCAGCAGAGCCCAGAACCUCGUGGGGAAGCCACAGAAGGAUGCCCCCCCCCACUCUGAGCCCCUGAAAUACAGCUUUGCGCCCAGCUCCGCCCUCAACAAAACUGCGCGGCCCUUCGGGGCCGGCACCGCCCCAGUGACGAAACCCGUGACGUACACGCCCCUGGCGCCUGCCAGCGCCCCGCAGCACAAUGGGCACUCGCUGCGGCUGGAGGGCCCCCCGGGCGUCCCCCACAGCGACUCCAGCAAGAAGCGGCUGAUUGAGGACACGGAGGACUGGCGGCCCCGCACUGGCACCACCCAAUCCCGCUCCUUCCGCAUCCUGGCCCAGCUCACGGGCACAGAGUUCAUGCAAGACCCUGAUGACGAGCUUGCUAAAAAGUCCAGCCAGGUCCCCGUGCCGGGCCCGCCUGUGGGGGCAGCACCAAAGGCGGAGGCUGGACCGGGUGAGUGGGGAGCACGAGGCGGAGGCCCUGGGGGGUCACGGGGCCCGCAGCCCCGGGAGACGCCGCAGUGCGCUGUCCCCGGCCCCGCGGCCGCACCCAGCCCCGCCAGCCGCCCGCCCUGGGCCGUGGACGCAGCCUUCGCGGAGCGCUACGCCCCAGACAAGACCAGCACGGUGCUGAGCAAGCACCGGCAGCCAGCCAUGCCCACGCCCGCACAGAGCCGCAGCUCCAUCGUGCAGGCCGCGCAGCAGCCCCCCGAGCCCGCUGGCCGCACCCCCAUCUGCUACCACUGCAACAAGGUCAUCAGGGGCCGCUACCUGGUGGCGCUGGGACGCUACUACCACCCUGAGGAGUUCACGUGCUGCCAGUGCCGGCGCCCGCUGGAUGAGGGUGGCUUCUUCGAGGAGAAGGGCUCGGUGCUGUGCCCGCCCUGCUACGACCUGCGCUACGCCCCCCCCUGCGCCAAGUGCAAGAAGAAGAUCACGGGGGAGAUCAUGCACGCCCUGAAGAUGACCUGGCACGUGCAGUGCUUCACCUGCGCUGCCUGCAAGACGCCCAUCCGCAACCGCGCCUUCUACAUGGAGGAGGGGCAGCCCUACUGCGAGAGAGAUUACGAGAAGAUGUUUGGCACCAAAUGCCGUGGCUGCGACUUCAAGAUCGAUGCCGGUGACCGGUUCCUGGAGGCGCUGGGCUUCAGCUGGCACGACACCUGCUUCGUCUGUGCGAUCUGCCAGACCAACCUGGAGGGGAAGACCUUCUACUCCAAGAAGGACAAGCCCCUGUGCAAGAGCCAUGCUUUCUCCCAUGUGUGAGGGGAACCGUUUCCCCCAGCCCGGCCUGCCCUGCAUGCUUCUCUCUGCCCCUCCGCAGCCCUCGGGAACCCUGCCUGGAGCGUGGCAGGGGCCUGGCUGGACACACCUCUCCUCACCCCGUGCCGGCCCUGGCCUGGGGGUAACGGGUGCUGCUGCCAAGGACCCACCCUCCUCCAUCCCCGCACCUGCUGCAGGCCCUGCAUGGGGCUGGGCUGCUCCACACGGCCAGUGCAUGGGCAUGUGCCCUGAGCCAGCAGCUGGCCCUUGUGCCCCCCUGCCCUACACAGGGCCCUCUCUGCUGGGGUCCACCAGCCAGAGCGCAGAGCCCUGCCCCGGCCCUGCUGCCCCAUGGGUGAGUGCAGGAGGGGACCCUGCAGUGACCACGCUUGUGCCACCUACUUCCCUGCCCAAGAGCCACUGCUCUCCCCACACCCACACGCACCCCUUCCCCCCGUGCCCAGCCGGGCUGUGACGUCGCGCGGAGCUUUUAGUGUCUCAAUAAACACUUCUGUGCAAGUG